AUGACUGAGGACCAUCCGAGAAAACCCACCGCCAGCAAAGGGAAAACGGGCCCCGGUGCGGAAAACGGCGACCCCAAGGGGCCUGAAGCGAAAGCCGACAACGUUGCGGGUGGUGGGGGCGGCGGGAACAAGGAGGGCGGCAAGACAGACGGCCCCGGCAAGCCCGGCAAGCCGCAAAGCGACGACGAUCAGAGCAAUUCAUGGAUGGGCCAGGCCGCGCUGGCACUCUUCGUCAUGCUGGGUUUGUCGCUGCUCGGCUCGCGCGACCACGGCCGGGAGAUUUCCUUCCAGGCAUUCGUGUGGGACUUGCUGGAACCGGGGCUCGUCGACCGCAUCGAGGUCGUCAAUCGCAACGUAGCCCGCGUGUACCUGCGCACGUCCGCGCGCGCGCGGCCGCAGGAUGCCGCCUUCGAGACCAGGAGGGGGCAGAGGGGCAGCAUGGCUACAAUCAACUCGACCGAGUCGCCAUUCUAUUUCAAUAUCGGCACUAUUGAUACGUUUGAGCGCAAGCUGGAAGCAGUGCAGGAAGAUCUUGGUAUUGAGCCGGAUGACUUGGUGCCGGUUGUGUAUACGAAAGAAUCGAGUUUGACGACGGAGCUGUUGAGACAAGCCCCUUCGAUCAUACUGUUGGGGAUUGGUAUUCUCGUCUUGAGAAACGCCUUGGGACAGCUUGGAGGCAUGGGAGGGGGGCGUAGCGGGAUCUUUCAAGUGGGCAAAGCCAACCCGACGGUCGUCAAGGGUGGCGAAGCCGGGGUGCAGACCACGACGUUCUCGCAAGUUGCGGGCUUGGACGAGGCCAAGUUGGAGGUCAUGGAGUUUGUCGACUUCCUGAAGAACCCAGCACGAUAUGAGAAACUCGGUGCGAAGAUCCCGAAAGGGGCGCUCUUGGUAGGACCCCCAGGGACGGGAAAGACCCUACUGGCAAGGGCGACAGCCGGCGAAGCGAAUGUCCCUUUCUUUUCGAUGAGUGGGUCCGACUUCAUCGAAAUGUUUGUCGGUGUGGGACCGAGUCGCGUGCGCGAUUUGUUCACACAGGCAAGGGCCAGCGCGCCUUGUAUCAUCUUCAUUGAUGAAAUUGAUGCCAUUGGAAAGGCGAGGGGGAGGAGCGGGAUUUCUGGGGGUAAUGAUGAACGAGAGAACACCUUGAAUGCCCUCUUGGUUGAAAUGGACGGAUUCUCAUCAAGCGCUGGCGUGGUCGUCUUGGCAGGUACGAAUAGAGCUGAUGUCUUGGACAAGGCUCUCCUUCGUCCAGGCCGUUUCGAUCGUCAAAUCAGUAUUGACAAACCGGACAUGCGGGGCAGGUAUCAAAUUUUCAUGGUUCAUCUGCAACCACUGAAGCUAAAGGAUGAAGCAUCAAAGAUUGCGAAGCGACUGGCAGCUUUGUCUCCGGGCUUCGCUGGAGCUGACAUUGCAAACAUUUGUAACGAAGCUGCCCUUAUCGCCGCCCGCCAGGACAAAAACUUUAUCGAAAUGAUCGACUUUGAAAAGGCCAUAGACCGAGUCAUUGGAGGUCUUGAAAAGAAGAACAAGGUCAUUUCUCGGAAAGAGAGAGAGAUUGUAGCUCACCAUGAGGCAGGCCAUGCCGUUGCUGGGUGGUUCUUAAAACAUGCUGACCCGUUAAUUAAGGUUUCCAUCAUCCCCAGGGGUUCUGCAGCUCUUGGUUUUGCGCAGUAUCUACCUGUGGACAAAUUCCUACAGUCUAGGGAGCAAAUGAAAGACUUCAUGAUAAUGGCUCUCGGAGGUCGCGUCGCGGAACAAUUAUGUUUCGGCAGCAUAACUACAGGUGCGCAAGAUGAUUUGAAGCGGAUUACCCGUGCCGUGUAUGCACAGAUUACCACUUUUGGGAUGAGUGAGAAGGUUGGGAAGAUCUACUUUCCCAAGGCAGGCGAAUCAGGGAAUCAAUUUUACAAGCCGUACAGCGAAAAGACAGCAGAGCUGAUCGACGAUGAGGCUUUACGGAUUGUUGAAGAAGCGUAUCUAGACUGUGAAAAGCUACUAACUGAAAAACUGGACGUCGUGAAAAAUCUCGCAACCCGACUGCUCGACAAGGAAGUCAUUGGUGAAGAGGAUUUGAUCGACGUGCUCGGCCCUAGGCCAUUCGCGAAGCCAGCGACAUACGACGAAUUGGUAGGGCGGUACGAGCAAGAUAGGAAAAAGCGGACUGGGAAGGGAGGUGAAAACGAUGAUCCGAGCGCCAGGGACCCGUCUACUACUCCACCAAUUCCCGUUGAGGGAGCGCCGGCAGGAGCCCCGACUGGCCAAGGUUUCAAGCGGAGGGGUCAUACUAGACCAACACCCGACGAAGAAGCAAUACCAGAGCUAGCGGCUAUAGUAGCUCAUUUCGUAUUCUCCUCAACAAGGUGGAAGAUGCCCCCCGCCCCACUUCAAUGGAGUCCAUUCCUUCCGCGGUAUUUCGCUUACCUCUCCAUGGUUGCAAUCGCCUCGAUUUGGCAGAGCGAUAUAUUUUAUCCAUCCGACAAAAGCGACUAUUCCAGUCACUGCCAAGAUAAGAAGAGCAGGACCGAGAGUUGCAGCAAGAAGGACUUCAUUGACCUCUGUUUCCUUGCGAUCACUGAUGAACCUGUCCACAGACACAUCGGUCUUUACUGUCAGCAGCGUCAUUCCCCAAAGUGUUGCUGCAGUAAUAUCGGCUCGAAAGCCAAGUAA